AUGACAACACCAUUUAUGGCUGGGAUUGCAGUGGCAGCUGCGGCUUAUGCAGGUAGAUGUGGUAUCCAAGCUUGGCAAGCAUUCAAAGCUAGACCGCCUACGAUGCGAAGAUUUUAUGAAGGUGGUUUUCAGGCUACCAUGACUAGGAGGGAAGCAGCUCUUAUACUUGGUGUUAGAGAACGCACUCCAACAGAUAAGAUUAAAGAAGCACACAGGAGGGUGAUGGUUGCAAACCAUCCAGAUGCAGGUGGCAGCCAUUAUCUUGCAUCAAAAAUUAAUGAAGCAAAAGAUAUGUUGCUUGGACAGACUAAGGGUGGUGGCUCAGCAUUUUGA